GUCCAGCUAUCUUCACUUAGCUUUCUACAGCUAAGUCUUAUUAAUCCCGAUUAAUACCUACAGCAAGUACAAUCAAUAUCUCUCGGAUAACAUGUCAGCCAUCCAAAACCAGCUCCAGCAAGGCGCCGUCCCGAACUCUAUAUCCAACGUCUGCCCCCAAGGCAGCAAGUUUCACGUCUUGGAGGUCGGUUGGCUUGAGUGUGACGAAGGCUUCGUCAUCCGAGGUGGCAACACCAGCCUGAAGAGCAACGAGGGUGAGGCCUUCGUCAACAAACGUCGCCAGAUGCCUAUGUACUGUAUCCUGGUCGAGCAUCCACACGAGGGCCUGAUACUCUGGGAGACAGGGUGUGGGAAGGACUACCCACAAGUUUGGGGUCCUGCUAUCUCUGAUAUCUUCGCUCGAGUCCGGUAUGAGCCUCAGCAUGAGCUCCGUGCCGCUGUGGAGGCCACCGGGAACAAUAUUGAAGAUAUUAAGAAGAUCAUAAUCGGGCAUCUCCAUAUGGAUCAUGCCGGAGGUCUGACAGAGUUUGCAGGUAGGAAGGAUGUCGAGAUCUGGGUCCAUGAUAGGGAACUCCGUGGAGCAUUUUGGUCUGUCGCUACAGGGGCUGAUGUGGGUGUCUACCUGCCGCAUUAUCUUGAUUUGUCAUUGAACUGGAAAACUUUCGACGACCAGACCUUCGACUUCUGUCAGGGCAUCACUCUCCACCAUUUACCCGGGCAUACAGAUGGCCUUAUCGGAAUGCAAAUCAAUAUGCCUGAGACAGGAACAUUUUUUUUUAUCAGUGACCACUGUCAUGUCAUUGAGAAUUGGCGAGACGGCAUCCCACAAGGAUGGCUUGCCCGUGAUCAUCCAGCGUGGUUCAGAAGCACGCAACGACUUAAGCAUCUGGAGCGAAUUACACGGGGCCAGGUUAUCCCGGGCCAUGACAAGGAGACAUUCCUGGCGCUGCAGAGACAGGCAAAAAUAUUCACUUAG